UAAACUGUGUGAAGAGCAUGCAUGUGUGGUAAAGAGGCACACUAAAAGAGGUUGCUGUAGGGGAUAAGAUUCUUGUGUUGUUGCUGCUGGUUUAGGCAUAUUCAUUAUUUUUCUUGCAUUGAAACAAUGGCCUCAGCAUCAGCAUCAGCAACUCUUCUCAAGUCAUCCCCAGUUCUUGACAAGUCUGAGUGGGUUAAAGGCCAAACACUUCGCCAAACUGCAGUGUCUCUUGCAAGAACUAACUCUGCCACCCCUUCACCACUCACCAUCAGAGCUGGUUCCUAUGCCGACGAGCUCGUAAAGACCGCCAAAACUAUUGCCUCACCGGGGCGUGGUAUUCUGGCCAUGGAUGAGUCGAAUGCUACCUGUGGGAAGCGUUUGGCCUCAAUUGGGUUAGAGAACACCGAAGCUAACCGCCAAGCAUACCGUACCCUGCUUGUGUCAGCACCAGGCCUUGGUCAGUUCAUAUCUGGCGCCAUUCUCUUUGAGGAAACUCUCUACCAAUCCACCGUUGAUGGCAGGAAGAUUGUUGAUGUACUUGUUGAGCAAAACAUUGUUCCCGGUAUCAAAGUUGACAAGGGUUUGGUGCCAUUGGCUGGUUCCAAUGAUGAGUCAUGGUGCCAAGGUUUGGAUGGUCUUGCCUCUCGCUCAGCUGCAUACUACCAGCAAGGUGCUCGUUUCGCCAAAUGGCGUACCGUUGUGAGCAUCCCCAAUGGUCCUUCUGCUCUUGCAGUUAAGGAAGCAGCCUGGGGUCUGGCUCGCUAUGCUGCCAUUUCUCAGGACAAUGGCUUGGUCCCAAUUGUGGAGCCAGAGAUCUUGCUUGAUGGUGAACAUGGCAUUGACAGGACUUUUGAGGUAGCGAAAAAGGUUUGGGCUGAGGUUUUCUUCUACCUUGCUGAGAACAAUGUCCAGUUUGAGGGUAUCCUCCUUAAGCCUAGCAUGGUUACUCCUGGAGCCGAGUCCAAGGACAGAGCCUCUCCUCAGAAAGUUGCUGACUACACACUCAAGCUUCUUCACAGCAGAAUUCCCCCGGCCGUCCCCGGAAUUAUGUUCUUGUCUGGUGGACAAUCUGAGGUGGAAGCAACUCUCAACUUGAAUGCAAUGAACCAAUUAUAUAUAUAUAUAUAUAUAUAUAUAUAUAUGUUCAGCAACAUAAUGUGGAGGGAAAGAUUGGAAUGGAAGACUGAUUUGUGUAAAAGUUGUAAUGUUCUAGUCUUGGAGACUAUUUUUGUUCAUGGAGACUGUUUUGCUCAUGGUUAAGUGCAACUCUACAACUUAAUAAGCCUUUUGCCAUAA